ACAGAGUAUCUACCAAUGCCAAAUCCAAUUCCGGUUGAGAUACAGCAAAAAGUACGCCAUGGAUAUUUUGCAUCAGUUUCAUGGGUUGACUCACAGAUUGGUCGUGUAUUACAAGCUCUUGAUGACAUGUCAUUAGCAGAUGAUACAUUAGUGGUACUCUUUGGUGAUCAUGGAUAUCAGUUGGGAGAGCACGAUUCCUGGCACAAAAUGACUAACUGGGAGCUUGCUGUUCGAGUGCCAUUAAUCAUAAGAGCACCAUGGAAACCAGCUAGUGCUGGUAAGAGGAGUCAUGCAUUUGUUGAGCUAGUUGAUCUGUAUAGAACAAUAUCAGAACUGGUGGGUGCUCCAUCACCUGGAGAUGAUAUUGAGGGAGUUAGUUUUGCUAGUUUGUUUGACUCACCUGAUCUGAAUGCUCUCGAAGCAGCACUUGCUUUAAACAAAACACCAGCAGCAUAUUCACAGUACACUCGUUGCCUCAAAAGUAUUGAUGCUGCUAACCAAUGGGAUAAUAACACAUGCAGUAAGAAUGCUGAAGUACAGUAUAUGGGUUACUCUGUGCGUGUUCUCAAUUGGCGCUACACUGCUUGGAUGAAGUGGGAGGAUGGUAAAGCAAAAUGGGAAAGCAAGCCUUAUGCUGUAGAGUUGUAUGAUCACCACAACAGUGAUAGCACUGACGGAACUGGAAACGAUUUCAAUCAGUGCGAGAUUGAAAAUGUAGCAGAUGAAAAUCCAGAUAUAGUACAAAAGCUUCAAGAACAGCUGAAGAAAAUGUUUGAAAAAUAAGUUAGAUCGCUGUUGCUUUAACUGCUCUGUGCUAUGUAUAUACAUGUAGAUGAAUUUGAUUAGUAAUAAACUAUGGUGAUAAAGAUCUAUAAAUCUA